AUGGAAAACGAGCAACGUGAAUCUCAAUCUUCCAACGAAGAAGUGUUCUUGCCUAGCGAGGAAACCAUCAGUCAGCCGGGAACGGUCUACAUCAUUCAAGAUGGAGACCUUGAAAAGACGAUGGGUGCCCGCAACCACGCGACCACCCGCAUUUUGUCCAUAGUGAAUACUAUCCAUCACUAUGAGGGAGACGUGAGCAUGCUGAAAACCCGAAGAAGCAUGCUGCAAGAUACUUACAAAGCAUACGACCAAGCUCAAAGUCGGUUGGAGCAAUGGUCAACUGACGAAUUCCAAAACAGGGAGGAUACAGAAUUCAAAUACGUGACCGGCUUAGCUGAAAUUGACAAAGCAAUUGAAAGUAAUAAGGCCGCUCAAAACUCCGGCCAUGAUUUGGUCCGGCUACCUACCGUCGAUUUGCCGUUAUUUUCAGGCCAAAUCGAAGAUUGGCUUGAGUGGAGCGACAAAUUUAACAACUUAGUUCACCGACGAGCAUCUCUCGCGGACGUUCAAAAAUUUGAAUACCUAAAACUGUCGCUGAGAGGCCCCGCGCUGAAUAUCAUAGACUCGCUUCCAACGACUUCCGCCAACUAUGUGGUGGCAUAUGAGCUACUGGAAGAACGAUACAACAACACAAAGUUGCUGAUUCAAAAACACAUGAAGGACCUGUUCGAAUUGGAACCAACACGAGAGGAAUCUGCUAAAUCGUUGAGAAACCUUUUCGACAAGGCAAGAAAACACUUGAGAUCGCUACGCAUCAUGGGGCAACCAGUGGAAGCAUGGAAUGCGGUUCUUAUCCACCUCAUGGCCAAUAAGUUGGAUAACGCUACACGACGAGAGUGGGAAUCAACUACUUCUGGAACAAUUCCCCCGACAUAUGACAGUCUGGAAGCGUUCAUUACCAAAAGAUGUCAAAUGUUGGAAGUUUUACCGAAAAAACGUCACGUCGUGUCAGAAACAACUACCUGCUACAAGAAACCCCGAAUGGAACUGAAGGUGCUCACGUCGAACCAAGAAAAACGUAAAAAUUGCCUUGUAUGUGAAGAAGAUCACUCCCUCAACAGAUGCAACAAGUUUCUUUCGAUGGGCCUGGACGCAAGAAUCAAAACGAUAAAACGACACGCCUUAUGUUUCAACUGCCUGCGAAGCAACCACACCGCAGAUACCUGCAGAAGUUCGGGGUGCCUCAAAUGUGGACGCAAAAAUAACACAAGCAUUCAUCGUGAGCAAAGGGACUUUGGGAAUCACCGUCAAAUAGAUCCAUCUUCAAAAUAUUUAUCUAAAUCUUGGGAAACUUUACUGCCAACGGCUGUUAUUCGAAUUAUGACAGAAGAUAGAGGAGUCAAACCAGAACGAACGUUUAUUCAAAUCGCUGGAUUUGGACAACAAGCUCUACCGAUAAAAGCAAAAACAGAUAUUUAUAUUGCCGCCCGACACAAUGUUUACAUGAAGAAAAUUGCAGCAUACGUUACAGAAACUAUAACCGGACCGACCCCCCCGCGAUAUAUUGACAUAGAUGGUAACGACAAGAUUCAUCAAAAUUUACCGUCAAUUCAGAACACUUCGCUUGGCUGGGUUGUUGGCGGUACACUUAGCAAACUUGCACCCAUGAAAAGCGACAACUACGACAUUGAGAAAGUCUUACUGAUCAAGCAUCAUAAUUGGACAGAAGAAGAAUUAGAAUGUGAAAAGUUGUUCAAAGAAACUACUAAGCGAGGAUCUAAUGGGAGAUUCAUUGUUAGACUACCCUUAAAAGAGAAUGUUAAGAAAUUGGGUUCAUCGAAGGAAACAGCCCUAAGCCAAUUUUUGAAAUUGGAAGUUCGAUUCCUUAGAGACCCUAAACUCAAAUUGGAUUACUGUGCGUUUAUGAAGGAAUAUCUGGAUAUGGGCCAUAUGGAAGAAAUAACUGAUAGAGACAUUGAUCCUGCAAAACCCACGUUUUAUUUCCCUCACCACCCAGUAAUACGCCCGGAAAGCAGUACAACUAAACUACGUACAGUGUUCAAUGGAUCUGCUGUUACGUCAAGCGGAAUGUCGUUAAAUGACACUUUGAUGAUUGGUCCCAACAUACAACAAGAACUUUUUUGUAUAUUGAUAAGAUUUCGAUGUCCGAAGUUUGUAUUAACAGCAGAUAUCAAAAAAAUGUUUAGACAGGUCGAAAUUGACAAAGCCGAUAGACAGCUGCAGUUGAUACAUUGGAGAUUCUCACCAGAUGAACCGGUCAAAACAUUCAGUUUAAAGACGGUGACUUAUGGCACUAGUUCGGCAUCAUUCACUGCAGUUCGUUGCCUGCAACAAUUAGCAGAAGAAAAUAGAGAAAGUCAUCCCGAAGCAUCAAGGGUUAUCAUGGAGGACGUGUAUAUGGAUGAUCUUCUAACUGGACAUAAUGAACUUGAUAAACUAAAACAGUUGCAGCGACAAUUGAUGCACAUCUUGAGUACUGCUGGAUUUGAAUUGCAUAAGUGGGGUUCGAAUGAAAAGAGCCUUUUGCCCGGACAAAAUGUGAUCCCUGUCACUAAAAUUUUAGGUCUACUUUGGGACUCUCACGCUGAUAAGUUCAGUUUUAGUAACCAAGUGAUCGACAAUUUGACUGCUACGAAACGCCAGGUACUGUCUGAAAUACAAAAGGUGUUUGACCCGUUAGGACUCCUCUCACCUAUUAUCAUAAAUGGAAAACUGCUAAUGCAGGAAUUAUGGGAAUCGAAAUUAGAUUGGGACCAACCACUUCCAAAGGAGUUGGAGGACAAAUGGAACUGGUUUAAAAAACAGAUAUAUGAAAUCAAUCACAUUAGUAUUCCGAGACAUGUGCCAUCGGCAGGGGUUUUAGUUGAGUUACAUGGGUUCUCAGACGCUGCCAAACCGGGCUACGGAGCUGCAAUUUACGUCAGAGUAGAUAACGGAAAUAACAUUUUGUCUCAUCUACUCUGCGCUAAGUCUAGAGUUUCACCAGCAAAAUCUAAGCAGACGAAUCAAGACGAUACCAUACCAAGAAAGGAAUUAAGAGCCGCAUCGUUACUGGCAGAUCUGAUGCACAAGAUAAAGCAAACUAUUUUGUUUCCGAUUCAAGGUAUUUAUUAUUGGACGGACUCAAUGGUUACUUUGGACUGGAUCAACAAACCAGCACAUGCUUGGCCAACAUUUAUUGCGAACAGGGUAACAUCAAUACAGGAAAAAACAACUAUUACGUGCUGGCAUCAUGUGAGAUCAAAAGACAAUCCUGCGGAUCUCAUCUCCAGAGGGGUGUCAUCGAAAAAGUUAGCAUCCAGUGCAUUAUGGUGGUCAGGUCCUGAGUUCCUGAAGGGAACAGGCGAAUCAUGGCUUCCAAUGCCAAGAACACUUCUCGUAGACAUCACGGCUCCUUCUGCAAAGGCGGAACCAUCAAGCGAGACUUUUUUGUUGGAGAGGUUCUCGACUUACACUAAAACCCUGAGAAUUACUGCAUACUGUUUAAGGUUUGUCUACAACACCAAAAAACAGAAUAUUGUAAAACGUGUCGGAACUCUUGCUCUACAAGAAUUGAGGGAGGCUGAAAUCUUACUUAUUCAAUUUUCUCAAGAACGAGCAUUCAAGCUGGAAAGAGAAUUAUUGCUUAACAAUAAAGCUAUCCCACGUUCAAGUCCCUUAUUAACCUUAAACCCAGUCAUUGAUCGUGACGGCAUCAUUAGAGUUGGAGGGCGUAUACAAGCUGCAAGAGUGACUUUCGACCAAAAACACCCAAUAAUUCUCCCAGCGAAAUGUGUUCUAUCAAAACAGAUUGCCAAACUUUACCAUCUCAAAAAUCUGCAUAUUGGACCUCAAGGGCUUCUUUACUCCUUGAGAAUGAAAUAUUGGCCUAUUCAUGGAAAAAAUCUAGCUCGACAAGUUGUGCACCAAUGCUUAACUUGCUUCAAAAACAAACCAAUCGGAAUAACUCAAGUCAUGGGCCAGUUGCCAGCAGCUAGAAUCAAUGAAGCAAGAACUUUCAAAACUUGCGGUGUUGAUUUUGGUGGACCGUUCACUAUCAAGGAGAAUUUGAUAAGAACGAAGAAGUUCUUAAAGGUCUACGUUGCAUUGUUCAUCUGUUUCAGCACUAGAGCUGUUCAUUUAGAACUAGUGAGUAGUCUUACUAGUGCUGCCUUCAUUGCUGCUCUACGGAGAUUCUUUGGGCAAAGGGGUCGAAGUUCCGUAAUCUAUUGCGAUAAUGCAACCAAUUUUACAGGAGCUAGUCACGAAAUCGCCAGGAACGCUAAGGAAUUGGAAUAUCAGCUUGCUCCCGAAAUAAGUAUGUUUUGUUCGACAGAAGGAGUUGAGUUCAAAUUUAUACCCCCUCGGUCCCCAAAUUUCGGGGGCAUUUGGGAAGCUGGUAUAAAGAGCGUAAAACAUCACAUAAAAAGAGUACUCGGAUCAUCGAUCCCGACCUAUGAAGAAAUGUUGACUCUACUGAAACAAAUUGAGGGCGUUCUGAAUUCAAGACCAAUCUCACCAAUGUCCGCGGAUCCCUCUGAUCCAAAUCCAUUAACGCCAGGACAUUUCCUUAUAGGUGAACCUAUAAGUAACCUACCGGAAAUUGAUCUAUCAUCUGCUAAGCCACAUCAGCUAACCCGAUUCGGAGAAGUUCAGAAAAGUCUACAGUUAUUUUGGAAGCGUUGGAGAACUGAAUACCUGAAUAAUCUACAGCAAAGAACAAAGCGGGGUGCAAAAUCCAAAACUAAUCUCAAGCAAGGUGAUUUGUGUCUAAUAAAAGAAGACAAUUUGCCACCUUUAGAAUGGAUAACUGGUCGUGUUGUGCAAGUGUACCCAGGACCUGACGGUAACGUGAGAGUUGCUACACUUCGUACUGCAAAAGGGGAAGUAAAACGAGCGAUUUCAAAACUAUGCCCAUUUCCUACAAACGAGCUUUAAAAAUCAAUUUAUUCAUGUAACGGUUUGACAAAAAAUAAUAAACGAUGAAAUUGAUACAUCCAUAAAGAGAUAAUCUGAAACCAAUGAGAAAUUUACUUUCUAAUGUUCUUUUACAGUUCUGGAAUAGUGUUGGGAGGGGAGUAUGUAAGAUUCUGAUAAAUCCCAGUAGGCUGAGCUUCUUUCCAAGGAACCAUAGCAACCCACUACUACCCAUUUUCCCCUCAUUGUAACCAUAGCAAUCAUUUAGUUACCAUAGCUACCGCUAGCAAUCGUCGAAGUAGCCUGCGUGUGAAUCGCGGGAAAUGCGUUCUCUUUCUCUACGAACCAGCGACCGGAACGCACGUACUUUCAAUAUAGUCGUAAAGGUGAA